CACAUAUUAACACAUAUAUACAUCCAUCUACUACUCAAGGGUCCAAUGAGACUCUCAGGUUCAGUUUCAGCUGGGAGGAAAAACACCACCCAGUCCACCUAAUCGGCGACGUCUUGACUAUCUCCUCCCUCCCUGCACUCGAGAUGAACAACUUGUUGUUGACGGUGACAUUCCUGGACCCUCAAUAUGCCCUGCACCUCCCUCCCCCACUGAAUCAUGUUUCAACCAUCAUCAAGCAAGCCAGUAUGCUCCAUGCCCAAUCAAGUCCCACCUACUGUACUAUCUCCAUGCGUACAGCCAAAACAGGCAAUGCACCAAGUCCACAGGACACUGCAGAGAACAGUCGAAUGAUCCAUCACCACGACAUAUGCUUCACAGCCAGCUCAAUCGGGUCGUUCCCCGUAGCAUCCACCCAGUAAAACCCCACUGGCAGUGAAGCAGCAAACAUUAACUUGAUUUAUAUUCCUGAGCCUGCGCAAAGUCUCUCCUCCCCGCUCCCCUCACCAUCCAUCAACUGGUUAGAGAGCUGCUGACUAUAUAGGGCGAAUCUCGGUUCAAUGGCUACCUGAACACCUAGAAGAAAGUGACCGGAGAUCUCUCUUGUCCUACCAAAUGUAAUCAAG